AUGUCGCGAUGGCAUGAUAAGGAUUGUCUUCGGCCUCGGGUCGAGGCUGAAGACGGGACUCCAAAGUGUCUCAAUUGCGGCCGAGCCACUCAUCUGGCCGAUCUCAAGGCAUGCGGCGCCACGGCAAACUCAGCCGCACCAGUUCCUGUAGAAAAGCCAUUUGGGCAAAGGAACCUGUGGUGGCCACCGUCCGUGCCUUACCGACGCGCGGAAGAGGGAGCGGAUGAACAGACGGGUGAGGCUGAUGGAGAUUCAGAAUGGGAAGAUCUUUCUCAGCAGAUGACAAAUGGGAAGCCCGAAGAACAUACUUUGGCAGUGAAAGCAACGCCAUUGGCAUCAAACAUGUACUCUGAAACACUCAAGCCAGACGAAUUUCGUCUGGUUUGCAUUUCAGCAUCUCGGAACCUUGACUGUUUAGUUCACUUUGAUCUGGAGGUAUACAGCCUUGAUGACUGCCCUGAAUAUGAGACAGUGUCUUACACAUGGGCCGGAGAAAACGACGACAGCAUGCUCAGUUGCCCGAUCUACAUCGGUGACUAUUGGGACGUUAUGCUACAAACCAAGAACUGCUGGGAGAUGUUGCACUUCAUACGGCCUCUUCAAGGGAAGCGAAUGGUUUGGGUGGAUGCGGUCUGUAUUAAUCAGAGCAACAUCCCAGAGCGGAGUAACCAAGUCGCCAACAUGGGCCGCAUAUACUCAGGGUGCUCCCGUGUCAUUUUGUACUUGGGCCCCGACAUUGCUAUGCCUUUAGAGGGCAGAUAUCCGCGUCGUCGCCGACUUCAUGAGUUGGAAACCGGAUCUGUUGUGCCGGAGUUUUCUCGCUCACAAAAACCUCCUCGUCCCCUCACAUUACGAAGUCUCCUUGGAAGACGUUACUUCUCUCGCAUGUGGGUGAUCCAAGAGCUUAUCCUAUCCCCGCAAGUGGUGAUUCGUGUGGGUGAUGUUGAUUUCUGGGCUGAUGCGGCCAUGUCGAAGGUCAUGUCUUUGCGAGUCGCAGGAUGGGCGUGGGAGGAAACUGCUGCUCCCUGGGUCCAGUACCUAUGUCAAGGCGCCAUUAUGAACAAGGAUAUGUCGCAACUCCUUUUGAUGAGUUCAGAGGCACAUGCUACCGACCCGCGCGAUAAGAUCUUCGCGUUGUUAGGAAUCCUUCCCAGAAGGAACCAUUGGUUGUCAGUUACGACGUCUCCGAGUGAAAUUCGAGCAGAUUAUUCUCUCUCAUUUCAGCAUGUUCUAGUUGGAUCUUUUGGGCACUGCUUGAUCAACUCCAAUGACUCUGAUUUCCUCUAUCAAGCGCUUGGUGUGGAAGCCCCAUCUGGGUAUCCAUCUUGGACCCCUAACCUGGAGCCUCGCCGAGCUGGAAGUCGACUAUUUCAAGUUCCUGGGUUUGACAGUCAGUAUGCAUUCAACUACAUUUGCAAAUAUGCACUCGAUAAAAAGGUUAUACGACGAGGAAGAUUCUUAACGUUCCAUCAUCUUGUAGGACAACAGCACAAAUAUAUUGAGGGCGGGAGGCCUUGGGACUGUGAAGCACAUCUUAGUGUCACCACGGGAUCCUUGAAUAUCAACCUCACGCAAUAUUUCAAGAUAGACGAAUUACCGGUCCGCGUUUCCAAGCUGGGAAGAUAUUACAUUUUCAAAUUGCCGCGGAGUAUACACCCAAUCUACAUCUUCUCGGAAUAUGAACUGGAUACGAUCAUGGGGAAGCAGAUACAGGGCGAGGAGGUAUUUAUCCUUAAAAUAAGGGAUCAGCCUAUCAAGUACCUGAUUCUACGCCCUAUCGAAGGCUCAAAAAACUCCUUCAAGCUUGUUGCAACUUGCCCCUUCUUGUUCGUUGUCGAGCAUUCAAACACCAUGAGCUACAGCAGCGACUGGCACGUCAGCUACGACCUGGCGGAUGUACAGCUGGCACGCCUGCAGUUAAACCUGUAUGAUUUACUCUCUCGUGUUCAACAUUUGCUCAAACAAAAUCUCAACGUCGUCGACUUCGAAAACAGAGGUUUUCUCAUCCGCUCUUUUUUUCCACAUGCACAAACACUCAAAGACAUUUUAUGGCCAUGCGUUAGUCUUUUCAACCUUCGCGAAUCCAGGGGUUUGAUGGCAGGUGAUAUUACCUCGUCUGAAAAAUUUGAGAAAGAUUACCUUGAAUGCGUUCGAUCGAAAUAUGACGUGGAAUUCGACCAGGAAUACAUCAAGUUCCGCAUCGAAUCGGCUGCCUGGCAACAACAAGAGUUGUGGCGGCUUUACGUCGGAGAGUCCUCCCCUUGGCUACAGCAAGUAGUAAAGAACUAUUACGAUGAUUGCGAAGGUCUCUGGAUCUCCCUGACAUCUCGUGUGGCAUACCUUACUUUUCCGACGACACAUAGCGGGUGGGCUGUGGUGCGUUGCCGAGCCACUGAACUACGCAACUUGGCAUAUUCUGGCCGGCAGAUCAAUGAGUUGUUCCAAUGCUUGGGGCCUCUUAGUCAUGUGGCGCAAGAAACUGGAGAGGACAUCAAAAGCUUGUUGACCAGGGAGCCGAGGGAGGAGGAUCGCUUUGUCGGCUGUGCGAGUUGGUCUGGGCCUUCUGUAUUAUUCAAUAAUUGGAAAUUCCGAACAAAGCUGGGAAUGUUUGGGAGUACAAAUAUGGUUGAGAUUCUGUAA